GAUUUCUUUUGGCCGCUGAAGCGAAGCGUGCCACGGAAUGGGUUCUGCCGCCAAGAACUUGGCAUUACCCGCGGUCCUUGAGGCCUUGGCUGGAGUCUUCAUGAUCCUGCGAGCACAGAAAUUCGAGUUCAGACAUGAUGAGGAUGGCACCGGUGCAGCGCUGGUUGGGAUUGGUGCGAUCGUGUUUGCCCAGUCGAUGAUGGUCUUCAGUGCGAAUCCCCGGCGCGUGCCAAAGGGAGCCUUGAUCGCCUUCAAGGCGGUGCUGUCACUUUGUGCGGUCUACGCAGUGGUGACCACCGCGACGGAGCGCAAGCGUGCGUGGGCAGAAUGGUUCGUUUUCCUGGCUUACUCCAUCUCUUCGGUGCCGGUGUGCUUUAUGAUCUACGCAGCCGGGCUACACGGGAAGACGGAGGAGAAGAGGACGCUGGGCCAGAUCUCUGCCAGUGAGAGAGCUGCUUUGCGUUGAGGGCGAAUUGAGCAGAAACUAAGCCACCAAGGUUGUGGGAAUCAUUCAGUCCUCCAGGAUCCUGGCAAAACCUCGAUGAGCACCAUGAACACC